AUGGGCGCUUUUGCUGUUGCUCAGCACGGACGUAAGCCGGACUUCAGCUUUGUGCCCGAGGCUGAGGACGAGAAUAUGCUGUCGGUUGUCAGCAGCUUCCACGAACAUCAUCUCGACAGGAUCGUUCGCGCACUUGAUCUUCUGCCCGUUGAUCCGGACGACAGACGGCGACGGACACAGACGGUACGUGGGGACGAUGGCAUGACCGUACAGGAACGCUACAUCGCGGCACAGAAGGCACUUGCUCGGGAAUUCCCCCGAAAAGUGGCUUCACUCAGCGACGCAGCUAAGGAGGAGCUCAAGCGAAGGGAAGAAGAAGUUGAUGGGAAGACGACUGCCAAUGCCCUGGGGCCCACCGAGCAAGCGUACGUGGAAGCAAGGGACCGUCUCAUGAGAGCUGGUGGCGCACCAUACGACGACGAGGACAGUACAUACGAACUGCGGAACGUGGACAUCGAUCUUCCAACAUUUCCAGAGCAUCCUGCGGAUUGGAAGCCUUGUUACAGUCUGUCAGAGAAGGAAUAUGCUGCAGAGGGUACCCGAAUCAUCGAGGAAGGAUACUGGCUUUAUGACUUCCGGAUUAUCUUGCCUUGGCCUGAGAGCGUGAAAUUGGCGCUACAGAACCUGAACGAGCAUCAGGAUGAGCAAUGA